AUGCUGCUCUCCCUGGUUGUGCACACGUACUCGUUGCGGUACUGGUUUCCUGCAGUGGUAAUGCUAGGCACAGCUCCGGCUUAUGUGCUGUCAUGGGGUGCUUGUCGUGUGCUUACUGCUGUCCUACCAUCAAGACUAUACCGCAGGAUGGACGACCACCUCUAUAACAUAUACCAGAGCCUCGUCCUCUUUUUCUUCGAAAACUAUACCGGGGUGGAGGUGAGUAGGCCUAAGUUACAUUUCAUUUUAAGGACACAAAUGGAAGCGUUACUCCCAGCUCCUCAAUGAAAAUGCAUGCAACCUGUAUUGCCUCUUGGCUUGUUCUACAAUCCUUGAUUGCACGUGGGGAAUCCUCACUGCAGUCAACCUACCCUGAAAAUAAUCGGUCAAGCCAUCCGCGCUGUAGAAUUUGGGUGCGCGCAUGCGCUACACAUUAUGGUAUCACGCGGAAUAUGCUCUACAAUGAGAGAAACUCCGAUCUAUGAACCUCUUCUGAACAUAAAUUAUUUAGUGUUGCCAGUGAAUUGUGUGAUGGCGUGAUGUUUAUACCCAGUAACUUGAUUCAAAAAGUGAGGCAAAUUGUAUUGACUUUCUUCACCCUUUUUUUGGUUCGGUUAGUUAGACCGUCUUUAGUGAUUUGAGAUUGCCCUUAACAAUGAUUGCAUUUGGAUGUCAUGACAUAGGUCAGGAAUAGUCUUGCAGCAAAGAAACAUCUAAUCCAGGGGUGUCAAACUCAUUUUAGCUCAGGGGCCACAUGGAGGAAAAUCUAUUCCCAAGUGGGCCGGACCGGAAAAAUCAUGGUCUAUAUAACUUAAAAACAACAACUUCAAAUUGUUUUCUUUGUUUUAAUACGAUCAACAUACAACAUAAAGCUGGAGCCUGAGGACAGUGUGUCCAAAAUAGUACAAGCACAACAUCACUAUUAAUCAUAAAACACGUCAAGUUUAUUUGAAAAUUCUAAAGAAAAAGAACACACAAACACACAAUGCCUCAGUGAUUAACAUAACUGUUUCACAGAUCACAGAACUAUAUCAGGGUGUCAUUUCUCAGGCAGAAAUGUAGAUAAAAAAUAAUGAAAUCCUGUUCCCCAAACAAGUGCAAGAACCACAGUCUGGAAUAGGUUAAAUAUACAAAUAAAAUAAAUUAAAAACAAUAGCACAUCAACAUAUAAACAUAAAGCUGGAGCCUGAGGACAGUGUCCAAAAGCACAACAUCACUAUUAAUCAUAAAACACCUCAAGUUAUUUGAAGGUUCUGAGGACAAAGAACACACAAACACACAAUGCCUCAGUGAUUCACAGAAGUAUAUCACAGAUCACAGAACUAUAUCAGGGUGUCAUUUCUCAGGCAGAGAUGUAGAUAAAAAUAAUGAAAUCCUGUUCCCCAAACAAGUGCAAGAACCACAGAGUCAAGAAUAGGUUAAAUAUACAAAUAAAAUAAAAUAAAUUAAAAACAAUAGCACAUCAACAUAAAAACAUAUAAACAUAAAUCUGAAAGCAUUGCUCAAACUCCCAUAACAGUCCCGUUAUUUUAUCUAUGAACCGCUUCAUGUCUGCCACAUGUUGGGUCGCGCACACAUUUUCAGACAGGGGAAGUGAGCUGCAUCACCACCGGCAAGUUGCGUCUCCCACAAUGACAGCUUCAACUUGAAAGAACGUAUGCUGUCAUAAUACUGCGUGACAACUUUGUUGCGCCCUUGCAGCUGUUUGUUCAAGUUAUUCAGGUGCUCUGUAACAUCCACCAUAAAUGCAAGGUCCUGCAUCCAUUCUGCGGAAUGAAAUUCUAACACUGGUUUGCCCUUUUCUUCCAUGAACUGUUCAAUUUCUUCUCGUAAAUCAAAGAAACGCCUCAGCACAGCACCUCGGCUUAACCAUCUUACCUCAGUGUGGUAUGGCAGGCCAUAGAUGUGGUCUUUCUCUCUGAGAAGGCUGUCAAACUAACUGUGAUUCAGGCUUCUGGAUCGGAUGAAAUGAACAGUUUGGAUGACCACCUUCAUGACGUUAUCCAUCUUUAAUGACUUGCAACACAAAGCCUCCUGGUGCAAAAUACAGUGAAAAGUCAAAAAAUCACGUCCUCCAUUUGCAGAUUGCACUUUCUCUCUGAACUUUGUCACAACGCCUGCUUUUUUCCCGAUCAUUGAGGGCGCACCAUCUGUAGCCAGGCUGACAGUGCGGGACCAGUCCACUCCGACCCUGUCCAGCGCGCCGACGAGUGCGGUAAAAAUAUCAGCUGCUGUCGUUGUAUCUGUCAUCGGCACCAACUCCACGAACUCCUCGGUGACGGUCAAUGUGUCAUCAACUCCGCGGAUGAAAAUGGCCAGUUGUGCAACAUCUGUAAUGUCCGUGCUUUCAUCAAUUGCAACCGAAAACGCAAUAAAUGACUUUACUUUUUGCUUCAACUGGCUGUCCAAAUCCACUGAAGGAUCGGAAAUCCUGUCUGCAACUGUGUUUCUUGUCAGGCUGAUAUUUGCAAAAGCCUGCCGCUUUUCAGGGCACACAAUCUCCGCUGCCUUCAUCAUGCAUGUUUUUACAAAUUCACCCUCACUAAAUGGUUUUGAAGCCACUGCGAUUUCAUUAGCAAUGAGGUAGCUAGCUUUCACUGCAGCGUCACUGAUGUCUCGGCUGUGAGUAAACACAGACUGCUGUUUCUUCAGACCCGCCAACAGUUCAUUCACCUUCUCUCAUCUCCGCUGUCCUUGAAAGUUGUCAUAUUUGUCGGCAUGAAGACUCACAUAGUGGCGACGAAGGUUAUAUUCUUUCAGCACUGCAACAUGCUCUGAACACACCAAACAUACAGCUUUCCCAUUCAAUUCAGUGAAUAAAUAGGAUGACACUUUUUCUUGGAACACUCUGCACUCUGCGUCCACUUUUCUCUUUUUUGACAUAGACAUAUUGGGGCAAUGAGGGUGCCAAAGCACAUAAUGUUAAAAGUAGAAGCCGUAAUAAAUAUCGCGGGCAAAACAAAGUAGCUCAUUGGCUGCACGUGCUUGACGUACUUGCUCUGCCCCGGUAUAAACAGUUUGCUUGCUUAACACAAUUGCUAUUGCGCCAUCCAGUGGACGCAAUUGGAACAGCAGUUUAUUUUAUGGAAAAAUUGCAGCGCAUUUUUAUACUUUACACAAUUAUUAUUAUUAUUAUUAUUUUUAUUUUUUCAAAAUCAUCUCGCGGACCGGAUUAAACCCGUUUGCGGGCCGGACGUUUGACACCCCUGAUCUAAUCACUUUAUAAAGGCACGGAUCUGAUUAAAAUCAUAUUCGGAUUAAUAUAGCCAUGAUUAGAUUUUCUAAUUAUCAUAACCUAUUGUCAAAUAUGAUAAUAUGUAAUAUUUGAAUCGUUCUGAUUUUAAUUGAAGAGCUAAUUCAAAUAGAUUGCCAAUAAAAAUAAUUACUGGGUUAGUUUAAUCUCAUAUUCCAUAAUAUUUAUCCUGUAUUUGAGACUCAAUUAAAGUUUAACAUACUGUUUCAAAUACUGUAUCCUUAAAACCCAAAGAGCAAGUAAUGCCGAUGUAGUAGCACAGUGGCUAGGAAAAACGCCCUAGAAAGGCAGGAACCUAGGAAGGAACAGAGAGAAACCAGGCUCCAAGGGGUGGCCAGUCCUCUUCUUACUGGGCCGAGUGGAGAUUAUAAGAGUACAUGGCCAUUAAAGCCAGAUCGUUCUUCAAGCUUUUCAAACAUUCAUAGGUGACCAUAAUAAUAUCAGUGGUUAAAGAGGGUGCAACAGGUCAGCACCUCAGGAGUAAAUGUCAGUUUGCUUUUCAUAGCCGAGCAUUCAGAGGUAGAGAGAGCGGGUCGAAACGGCAGGUCCGGGACAAGGUAGCACAUCCAGUGAACAGGUCAGGGUUCCAACUACUCCACUACCUGUUAUGCACUAGAAGAAAUGCACCCCUCCAAACAUACUUGCAUCACAUAAGCGAAAAUGGCAUUCAUCCCGAUUAAAGACUAAAUUUAAAGACUGUUUCAAAUACUUAAGUAAACUCAAUGGAUUAAUUUAGUACAACUACUCCUAUCUAUUUAAUGGACUAAAAGCAUUUCUACUGUACCAUUUUGAAAAUGCACCUCACAAAAAACUACUUACACUACAUUAACAAAAGUAUGUGGACACUGCUUGUCGAACAUCUCAUUCCAAAAUCAUGGGCAUUAAUAUGGAGUUGGUCCCUCCCUUUGCUGCUAAAACAGCCUCCACUCAUCUGGGAAGGCUUUCUACUAGAUAUUAGAACAUUGCUGCGGGGACUUCCUUCCAUUCAGCCACAAGCAUUGGUGAGGUCAGACACUGAUGUUGGGCGAUUAAGCAGGGCUCGCAGUCGGCGUUCUAAUUCUUCCCCAAGGUUUAAGAUAGGGUUGAGGUCAUGGCUCUGUGCAGGCCUCUCAAGUUCUUCCACACCGAACUCUACAAACCAUUUCUAUAUGGACCUCGCUUUGUGACCAGGGGCAUUGUCAUGCUGAAACAGGAAAGGGCUGUCACCAAACUGUUGCCACAAAGUUAGGCGCACAGAUUUGUCUAGAAUGUCAUUGAAUGCUAUAGCGUUAAGAUUUCCCUUCACUGGAACUAAGGGGCCUUGCUCGAACCAUGAAAAAGUCCUCCUCCACCAAACUUUACAGUUGACACUAUGCAUUGGGGCAGGUAGCGUUCUCCUGGCAUCCGCCAAACCCAGAUAUGUCCGUCGGAUUGUCGGAUGGUGAAGCGUGAUUCAAAUCUCCAGUGAACGCGUUUCCACUGCUCCAGAGUCCAAUGGUGGCGAGCUUAACACCUUAACAAACAUGUCAGAGCAAAAACCAAGCCAUGAGGUCGAAGGAAUUGUCUGUAGAGCUCCGAGACAGGAUUGUGUCGAGGCACAGAUCUGGGGAAGGGUACCAAAAAAUGUCUGCAGCAUUGAAGGUCCCCAAGAACACAGUGGCCUCCUCCAUCAUUCUUAAAUGGAAGAAGUUUGGAACCACCAAGAUUCUUCCUAGAGUUGUCUGCCUGGCCAAACUGAGCAAUUGGGGGAGAAGGGCCUUGGUCAGGGAGGUGACCAAGAACCCGAUGGUCACUCUGACAGUGUUCCUCUGUGGAAUUGGGAGAACUUUCAGAAGGACAACCAUCUCUGCAGCACUCCACCAAUCAGGCCUUUAUAUUAGAGUGGCCAGACGGAAGCCACUCCUCAGUAAAAGGCACAUGACAGCCCGCUUAGAGAUUGCCAAAAGGCACCUAAAGGACUCUGACCAUAAGAAACAAGAUUCUCUGGUCUGAUGAAAGCAAGAUUGAACUCUUUGGCCUGAAUGCGAAGCGUCACGUCUGGAGGAAACCUGGCACCAACCCUACGGUGAAGCAUGGUGGUGGCAUGCUGUGGGGAUGUUUUUCAGCGGCAGAGACUGGGAGACUAGUCAGGAUCGAGGGAAAGAUGAAUGGAGCAAAGGACAGAGAGAUCCUUCUCCCGAGUGGCGCAGUGGUCUAAGGCACUGCAUCGCAGUGCUAGCUGUGCCAAUAGAGAUCCUGGUUCGAAUCCAGGCUCUGUCGUAGCCGGCCGCGACUGGGAGACCCAUGGGGCGGCGCACAAUUGGCCCAGCGUCGUCCAGGGUAGGGGAAGGAAUGGCCGGCAGGGAUGUAGCUCAGUUGGUAGAGCAUGGCGUUUGCAACGCCAGGGUUGUGGGUUCGAUUCCCACGGGGAAGUAUGAAAAAAAUAAAUAAUGUAUGCACUCACUAACUGUAAGUCGCUCUGGAUAAGAGCCUGAUCAAACAUCUCUGGAGAGACCUGAAAAUAGCUGUGCAGCGACACUCACCAUCCAACCUGACAGAGCUUGAGAGGAUCUGCAGAGAAGAAUGGGAGAAACUCCCAAAAUACAGGUGUGCUAAGCUUGUAGCGUCAUACCCAAGAAGAAUCAAGGCUGUAAUCACUGCCAAAGGUACUUCAACAAAGUCCUGAGUAAAGGGUCUGAAUACUUAUGUAAAUAUUAUAUUUCUGUUUUUUUAUAUUUUAUAGAUUUGCAAACAUUUAUAACCUGUUUUUGCUUUGUCAUUAUGGGGUAUUGUGUGUAGAUCGAUGAGGGGAAAAAAACAAUUUAAUCAAUUUUAGAAUAAGGCUGUAACGUAACAAAAUGUGGAAAAAGUCAAGGGAUCUGAAUACUUAUCGAAUGCACUGUAGGUCUGCUGAUUUAAUCAGUGUUGACAAUGGAGUAGUCAAGUGCUGAAUUCUGUGUAGGAAAGCCCAUCUUUAACAACUGCUUAAUUUUUCUGUCAUACCUGUAUUGCAGAUAGCUGAGAAAAUGCCUCUUAAAAGAAAGCUAGAAGCCUGUGGAAGUCAGACUCUUACAGUAUUUUUUAAAAUGCCCAGUGCAGUCAAUUAGUUUUUUACUGUGUUUUAUAUCAUAUUCUACAACAGCUGAUGAAACUAACACUGUAAAAGUGUGACAUUUUUUGGGGGUGUCAUUUCCUGAUAGUUGCUGGUUGAAAAUACAAUCUAGCAUUAGAAUGUAAAUAAAUUAAAUAAAUAAUAUGCCAUUUAGCAGACGCUUUUAUCCAAAGCGACUUACAGUCAAUACCAGACGCCGCCACAAAUAGAGCUUGUUCAGUAAAAAUGUCUUAACUAAGGGAGCCUGGCUGGCUACUUUUUCCAUUUGGCUGGGUACUUACUACAUGUGCUUGUGGAAAACACUGGAAACGUGGUAAUUAACUGCAAUGACCGUAAUCCAUUGCGCCUGCUCUUCCCGGACCCGUAUAGAGGCAGAUACACAGACCAUAUGAGACCGCAUGAGAGCAGAAUGUACACAACGACGAGGGGGAUAGAGACAGUUCGUGAGGAAGCUCUACCCAAUUGAUAGUUAUAGUAGUUGGUAAUAAGCAGUCUUGAAAGUAUGCCUUGUGUACUUUGAAGAACUAGUCAAAUGAUUUUGUCAGCCUACUAGCCUAGCUUAAUAGGAUGACUCAUUCAAUUGGGAGCACAGAGAUAACGUUACCUGGUUGUCUGGCUGGCUGGAUGGCUGUUACUGCUUGGGCUGAGACGAGAGGAUGAUAGGCAUGUACAUUUCGGUAAAUUUUGCAGCCGACUAAACGUCCUUCAUUAACCGGUCAAGAAACGGUAAAACAUUUUCCAAACAGUAAAAUGUCCUAUUUUGUUGCCUUACAACCUGGAAUUAAAAUGGAUUUUUGGGUGAGUUUGUAUCAUUUGAUUUACACAACAUGCCUACCACUUUGAAGAUGCAAAAUAUUUUUUCUUGUGAAACAAACAAGAAAUAAGACAAAAAAACAGAACACUUGAGCGUGCAUAACUAUUAACCUUCCCAAAGUCAAUACUUUGUAGAGCCACCUUUUGCAGCAUUUACAGCUGCAAGUCUCUUGGGGUAAAUGUCUCUAUAAGCUUGGCACAUCUAGCCACUGGGAUUUUUGCCCAUUCUUCAAGGCAAAACUUCUCCAGCUCCUUCAAGUUGGAUGGGUUCCACUGGUGUACAGCAAUCUUUAAGUCAUACCACAGAUUCUCAAUUUGAUUUUUUCCUUGAUGGCCAAAAAGCUCAAUUUUAGUCUCAUCUGAACAGAGUACCUUCUUCCAUAUGUUUGGGGAGUCUCCCACAUGCCUUUUGGCGAACACCAAACGUGUUUGCUUAUUUUUUUAUUUUAAGCAAUGGCUUUUUUCUGGCCACUCUUCCGUAAAGCCCAGCUCUGUGGAGUAUAUGGCUUAAAGUGGUCCUAUGGACAGAUACUCCAAUCUUAGCUGUGGAGCUUUGCAGCUCCUUCAGGGUUAUAUUUGGUCUCUUUGUUGCCUCUCUUAUUAAUGCCCUCCUUGCCUGGUCUGUGAGUUUUGGUGGGCGGCCCUCUCUUGGCAGGUUUGUUGUGGUGCCAUAUUCUUUCCAUUUUUUAAUAAUGGAUUUAAUUGUGCUCGGUGGGAUGUUCAAAGUUUCUGAUGAUUUUGUUUAUAACCCAACCCUGAUCUGUACUUCUCCACAACUUUGUCCCUGACCUGUUUGGAGAGCUCCUUGGUCUUCAUGGUGCCACUUGCUUGGUGGUGCCCCUUGCUUAGUGGUGUUGCAGACUCUGGGGCCUUUCAGAAAUGGUGUGUAUAUAUAUAUAUAUAUAUAUAUAUAUAUAUAUAUAUAUACACUGAGAUCAUGUGACACUUAGAUUGCACACAGGUGGACUUUAUUUAACUAAUUAUGUGACUUCUGAAGGUAAUUGGUUGCACCAGAUCUUAUUUAGGGGCUUCAUAGCAAAGGGGGUGAAUACAUAUGAACGCACCACUUUUCCGUUAUUUAUUUUGUAUAAUUUUUUGUAACAUGUUAUUUUUUUCAUUUCACUUCACCAAUUUUGUAUAUGUCCAUUACAUGAAAUCCAAAUAAAAAUCAAUUUAAAUUACAGGUUGUAAUGCAACAAAAUAGGAAAAUCGCCAAGGAGGAUGAGUACUUUUGCAAGGCACUGUAUAAGGCUAUUAAGCUGAUGAGACACGUUUUUAUGAAGAAAACACUUAAGACACGGUUGGUUUGCCGUUGGCGUUCUCAGUGCUAAUUGGAUUUUCCACAAUCCUGGGUGUGUAAUUACAAAGACGGGCACAAAUAAUUUCAGUUUGGUUACCACCCAAAUUUCUUCCAUUUUGUUUCUGUUUGACAGUAUUCCCUAAUGUCUUUUAGGCCUGUUAAACUGUGUUCAUUCUUCUUUCUUUAGGUUGUUAUUUAUGGAGACAUGCCAAAGAAUAAAGAGAAUGUGGUCUACCUUUCCAACCAUCAAUGCACAGGUGAGCUUUUCCUAUUGAACAAAAAUGUUAACUAAUUCAUUUCUGUUCAUUCUGAGCUAGAAUAAUUUGUUAGUUAAAGUUUGGCACAUGAUGCAGUAAAAUUGUAUCUCAUCAGAGAAAGCUAAGGUUUGCAGUUGGACUAAAACCCUUGCUUUCUCUUGUCCUGUCAUACAGCGGACUGGAUCAUUGCUGACAUGUUAGCCAUUAGGCAGAAAGCACUUGGCCAUGUGAGAUACGUCCUAAAAGAUGGGCUGAAGUGGCUCCCAUUAUACGGAUGGUAUUUCUCUCAGGUAAUAUAUAUCUAUAUAUACGUUUUGGACUGUCAAAGAGAUGCUAUAAUAUGUAUUGACUGUAAGUCGCUUUGGAUAAAAGCGUCAGCUAAAUGGCAUAUUAUUAUUAUUAUUAUUAUUGUGCUGAUUGGUAAGAUUGAUUUAAGCCUAUUUGGUAUCUGUUUUUUUAUCAAAUGUUAUUUUUUAGCAUGGAGGUGUCUACGUGAAGCGAAGCGCAAAGUUUGACGAGAAAGCAAUGAAAAAAAAGCUAUCUUCACAGACAGUGUUGGGAACACCAGUAAGUAUAAAAGGAGCACACUGACAAACUGUCUGAUUUGUGAACGUUAUUUCCUCCCAAAAGCUUUUUUGGUGAUAAGCAUGUUAUUUCUUACAUGGCAGCCAAUAACUUUUUACAUGGCUGCCAACAAAACUAAUGUUUAAUACUGUCACUUCAUUCAAAUGGAUUCUAUUGAUGGGCUGCGAGGCUGUCAGUGAAUACCAUAAAAGUGCUCUUACAUUAUCCCAAUUUGUCAUUUAUUGAAGAGCAUUGCUAUUCUAAAAUAUACAAAAUACAUGAAACCAACUGAAAUAAAUAUUUAUAAUGGCCAUUUUGGUCACUGGUAUGUCUGUUCUAAAUGUUUCCCUGUGCCUAGUCUAUAUCAGGAAGGACAGCUGUUGCCAAAUAACUUUUUCCCAGGACACUAAGAUCCACAGCUUGUUUGGUCUUCUGGGCUACCCUUUGUCCCUGGGCUUCUGUGCUAGCAUUUUGUCAUGAUUUUAUGACUAGUCUACUCUUCAUGACACCCAAGUUUUCAUAUGUGCAUGGGUACAGUGCAUUCGGAAGGUUUCCACAUUUUGUUUUACGGUACAGCCUUUUCCUCAUCAAUCUACACACAAUACCCCAUAAUGACAAAGCCAAAACAGGUUUUUAGACAUUUUUGCACAUUUAUUAAAAAUAAAAAACAUACCUUAUUUACAUAAGUAUUCAGACCCUUUGCUAUGAGACUUGAAAUUGAGCUCAGGUGCAUCCUGUUUCCAUUGAUCAUCCUUGAGAUGUUUCUACAACUUGGAGUCCACCUGUGGUAAAUUCAAUUGAUUGGACAUGAUUUGGAAAGGCACACACCUGUCUAUAUAAGGUCCCACAGUUGACAGUGCAUCUCAGAGCAAAAACCAAGCCAUGAGGUCGAAAGAACUGUCCGUAGAGCUCCGAGAUAGGAUUGUGUCGAGGCACAGAUCUGGGGAAGGGUACCAAAAAAUGUCUGCAGAUUUGAAGUACCCCAAAAACACAGUGGCCUCCAUCAUUCUUAAAUGGAAGAUGUUUGGAACCCCCAAGACUCUGAGCAAUCGGGGGAGAAGGGCCUUGGUCAGGGAGGUGACCAAGAACCCGAUGGUCACUCUGACAGAGCUCCAGAGUGUCUCUGUGGAGAUGGGAGAGCCUUCCAAAAGGACAACCAUCUCUGUAGCACUCCACCAAUCAGGCCUUUUACUCCUCAGUAAAAGGCACAUGACAGCCCGCUUGGAGUUUGCCAAAAGGCACCUAAAGGACUCUGACAAUGAGAAACAAGAUUCUCUGGUCUGAUGAAACCAAGAUUGAACUCUGUGGCCUGAAUGCCAAGCGUCACGUCUGGAGGAAACCUGGCACCAUCCCUACGGUGAAGCAUGGUGGUGGCAUCAUGCUGAGGGGAUGUUUUUCAGUGGCAGGGACUGGGAGACUAGUCAGGAUCGAAGGAAAGAUGAAUGGGGCAAAAUACAGAGAGAUGCUUGUUUGAAACCUGCUCCAGAGCACUCAGGACCUCAGACUGGUGCGAAGGUUCACCUUCCAACAGGACAACUACCUUAAGCACACAGCCAAGACAACACAGGAGUGGCCCAUCCAGAGCCCGGACUUGAACCCGAUCGAACAUCUCUGGAGAGACCUGAAAAUAGCUGUUCAUCGACGCUCCCCCGUCCAACCUGACAGAGCUUGAGAGGAUCUGCAAAGAAGAAUGGGAGAAUCUCCCCAAAUACAGGUGUGCUAAGUUUGUAGCGUCAUACCCAAGAAGACUCGAGGCUGUAAUCGCUGCCAAAGGCGCUUCAACAAAGUGCUAAGUUAGGGGUCUGAAUACUUGUGAUAUUUCCACUUUUCAAAAAAACUGUUUUUGCUUUGUCAUUAUGGGGUAUUGUGUGUAGAUUGAGGGGGGGUGGGUGGAAUUUAAUCCAUUUUAGAAUAAGGAUGUAUCUUAGUCUAGCAGCCUUGUUGUAAAACUGCAGUCUUAGACUACUUAUCUUAUAAUAUAAUAAUAAUAUGCCAUUUAGCAGACGCUUUUAUCCAAAGCGACUUACAGUCAUGCGUGCAUACAUUUUUUUUCGUGUAUGGGUGGUCCCGGGGAUCGAACCCACUACCUUGGCGUUACAAGCGCCGUGCUCUACCAGCUGAGCUACAGAGGACCACAUCUUAAGAGUAAUGAUGUGCUGAUCUCCCCUGCAAGACUUCAUUUGCCGUAACUCAACCCGUUUGUUUUGGUUUCUGUGCAGAUGUAUCUUGUCAUCUUCCCAGAAGGAACGCGAUACAACCCUGAACUCGAGAAGAUGAUCAGCGACAGUCAGGCUUUUGCCACUAAAGAAGGUGCUCUUUCAUACUUUCACAUUGAUUUACACAUUUAGAGCAAGUGUGUUCUUUCAUGACUAAUAGCAAAGCUUUGGGGAGGAUUAACGGAUGGGGGUCAUGUAGGGGUAAUGCAUUGCAACAUGUACGUCACCUUCUAACCCACCCAUGCUUAAUGGAUUCCUUAUCCCACAUUGAAAGUGAUUGUUGUAGCACUUACAUUAUUUAUUUUUUUCAACCUUCAACCGCUGAAACUCAGCAAUUUACCAGUGGCCAUGUUCAGAGGCAGAAUAAAGAGGAGGACUCAAUCCAAAACCGUUUAACUGUAUAAGGGUUUUUGGGUCAUAAGGUAUUUGGUAACAAGGUUUUGAACACAAAUACAACUCGCAACUUAAAAGCAAGAUACAUUUACCGUAACAGCGAAUACGUUCUACCCCCCAACUAACUUUUUGCCAUCUCUGUUAAAAUCCCACAACCCAAAUGUUUGUUGACAGCAUUAGAGCGGAACCUUAGACAAUAUGAAAAGCUGCCUGGCUGUUUCGUAUUUUUUAUCCUCGUCAGUGGAUUGCUGGUACAGUGCCAAGAGCUUGGCAGCUUGGACCAGUGAGCUGCUUUAAUGAAAUAUCCCAGAGGCUGUAGCUUAUAAAUUGCGCAAAAGAUUAACUUGUGAUUACAAAAGUAUGUUACUGCUGGCUUAUAAGUGAUUUAUAAUGUUGCUAGACCUAAUUCGCAAGAGCAAAUUGAAAGGUUUGAAAUGGCAUCUUGUUUAAGACAUUUUGUUUCAUAAAGUAGAAUAUAUUAGUUUGGUAGCAGACUGAUACCUUUGGCCAUGUAGUGUAUGUGGACACCUGCUCGUCGAACAUCUCAUUCCAAAAUCAUGGGCAUUAAUAUGGAGUUGGUCCCCUUUUGCUGCUAUAACAGCUUCCACUCUUCUGGGAAGGCUUUCCACUAGAUGUUGAAACAUUGCUGCGGGGACUUGCUUCCAUUCAGCCACAAGAGCAUUAGUGAGGUCGGCCACUGAUGUUGGGGGAUUAGGACUGGCUUGCUCUGCGUUCCAAUUCAUCCCAAAGGUGUUUGAUGGGGUUGAGGUCAGGGCUCUGUGCAGGCCAGUCAAGUUCUUCCACACCGAUCUCGACAAACCAUUUCUGUAUGGACCUUGCUUUGUGCACAGGGGCAUUGUCAUACUGAAACAGGAAAGGGCCGUCCCCAAACUGUUGCCACAAGGUUGGAAGCACAGAAAUGUCUAGAAUGUCAUUGUAUGCUGUAGCGUUAAGAUUUCCCUACACUGGAACUAAGAGGCCUAGCCCAAACCAUGAAAAACAGCCCCAGACCAUUAUUCCUUUACUUUACAGUUGGUACUAUGCAUUGGGGCAGGUAGCGUUCUCCUGGCAUCCGCCAACCCAAAUUUGUCCGUUGGACUGCGAGAAGGUGAAGCAUGAUUCACGAGAACGCGUUUCCACUGCACCAUAGUCCAAUGGCGUCGAGCUUAAUACCACUCCAGCUGACGCUUGACAUUGUGCAUGGUGAGUUUAGGCUUGUGUGCAGCUGCUCGGCCAUGGAAACCCAUUUUAAUGAAGCUCCUGACGAACAGUUAUUGUGCUGACGUUGCUUCCAGAGGCAAUUUGGAACUCUGUAGUGAGUGUUGCAACCGAGGACAGGCGAUUUUUACGCACUAUGCGCUUCAGCACUCAGCGGUCCCGUUCGGUGAGCUUUUGUGGCCUACCACUUUGCGGCUGAGCCGUUGUUGCACCUAUACGUUUCCACUUCACAAUAACAGCACUUACAGUUGACCUGGGCAGCUCUAGCAGGACAGAAAUUUGACGAUCUGACUUGUUGGAAAGUUGGCAUCCUAUGAUGGUGCCACAUUGAAAGUCACUGAGCUCUUCAGUAAGGCUAUUCUACUGGCAAUGUUUGUCUAUGAAGAUUGUAUGGCAGUGUGCUUGAUUUUAUAAACCUGUCAGCAACAGGUGUGGCCGAAAUAGCAGAAUCCACUAAUUUGAAGGGUUGAAUAUUAAUAAAUAAUUAAGCUAAUGAAAACGUGAUUUUCCUAUGUUUUAUGUUUUAUAUUUCCACACUAUGUGGUUGGGAGAAUAUUGCGAAAAUGAUGAUAAUGCCCUUUAAGUGUAUGAGCUGUUUUGAAAAGACUGCCUGAAAUUUCAGCCUGUUUUGGUGGAAUGGCUUUUUGGCCUGCCUGGUGACCUCACCAGGCGGUUAAUUAGUUAGUAGACCAAUAAGAACGAGAGUUCCAAACCUCUCUGCCAAUAACAGCUAGUUUUCCUCUCCCCUCUCAGACCACUCCCAGACAGUCCUAGCAAAAUUCUUGCGUGAGAAAUUGCUCUUUGCCAAGAAGCUAUUUUUGUUUCAUUUUUACAAUUUUAAUUGAAAACAAUUAGGUACCAGAAAUGAUUUGAUGUUGAGAAACUGCUUCAUUGGGCCUUUUAGAUCAUAAUCCCUUGUCGUCUGACAUUUGAGAUUGCAGAUUUCUCAAUUAACUGCUUUGGCCAUCACAGCCAUAUCACCAUGAAAUGGAACGCAAUAUAUACACAGUGUGGCACUCGAUAAACUGCAUAUCUGUAUUCCCAGUUGUGAAAUCCAUAGAUUAAGGCCUAAUUUAUUUAAAUUCACUGAUUUCCUUAUAUGAACACAUGUGGGUUUAGAUAAUUGCUGGUCUCAAAUGCAGCCGACAUUCUUUCUGAUUUAGUGAUUACAACAACCGGGUGACAUUUGAAAGACAUCAUUAGUCACCUCUCAGUGAAGGAUGGGCUAGUUUGUCCAUUGAUACUGCAAUUUGUCCACUGUCUACCAUUCAGUUAUGUGACCUGAUUAUUUAAAUGGAGGGCUGUAUUACUGUUUGUUGGCAUUUAUUGUAAGAUUCAAAUGAAAUCCUGGUACUAGAAACAGGUGUGUAGUAGUGACUUGUGUUUACCACUGCUAUUGGAAACUUGGUAUAAUUAACCCUUUACACUAGUGGGAAUUGGCCUCUAUGGGUAGGACUACAUUUGAAAUGUUUCUUACAGAAGAAAUAUGAAAUGCAUAACCAUGGUAGAAAUUGAAAGGGAACAGUUUGGAGAUAAUGGGAAAUUAUUACAUUUACUGUAAUGGGAAAAUUAUUACAGUUACUGUACUUUUCAUUUGUCAAUAACAAAAUCAGAAAAUACUCUGGAUACAUUCAGUAAUAUAAGACUAUUCCUGGAAAAUGUGGGAUAGGUAAAAAAAAAAAAGACAAGUAUUUGAGUGAGAGGACUGUCCAAGUGGCCACACACUUCUCCAAAGUGUGCACAGUUCCUAAGCAAUUUACAUUUAAGUCAUUUAGCAGACGCUCUUAUCCAGAGCGACUUACAGGAGCAAUUAGGGUUAAGUGCCUUGCUCAAGGGCACAUCGACAGACUUUUCACCUAGUCGGCUCGGGGAUUAGAACCAGCGACCUUUCGGUUACUGGCACAACGCUCUUAACCGCUACCUGCCGCCCAUAUGCACUUUUAUGACUCAGAGAAGUCUUCAACUAUAAGGUACUUUUUUAGCUCUCCUAGCUGUGCCAUUGAGGAACUAGAGCAAGCACACUUAUAGUUGUUUUGUUUGGAACACAACCCUGCAUCCCCGCCAUCGCACAAUUACUGUUUUUUACGCAAUCCAAAAACGUCCAUUAUAAAAUCAGUCAGGUUAGGUGGGCAUGAUUUAAAAGCUUGUUUCGAUUGUCAACAUGACUAGCUAAGUUAUAAAAUACAAUCUUAGUAUUAGGCUUUCACAAGGCAAUUCAGAGAAACAGAUUGGAAUUUUAGUGUGCAUAGAAAGGAGUCAUGAGUGCAUUCAGGUGCGUGUGCCGCAGAAAAUUUUCUUCACAAUAAACAAACAGGCUAAUUCUGUUCAGAACAACCCAGGGUAUGACACGAUGUUAUCUUGUAAAUGUAUGUUGAAUGUUGACACUGUAUAUGACAUGAGUUUAAUAAUUUGGAAAUGUGAAGUGCACAUUUGGACUCACAGGUGUUUGGCUUGUAUGACAUCAAAGCAGUAUUUAUUAUAAUCCUCAACGUCUCAUCUGUCAAAAUACUUUGAGUCCUCUUAAUUUACAACAUUUCCCUCACUCAGACAGCAAAACAUUUGCAAAAGUUGCCCAAUUACUGGGAGGGAUGGGGGCGACUACUUGUCGCUCGAGGCACUCAAGUUCAGAAUGUCUGUCAAUCAAAACCCAUACAGCGCUGUGAUGCACAGAGCCAGAGCUCUGACUUCAUGUAUAGCAUGUUACUGUACAGCCACUAUGUUCCAAUUUAGACACUUAUUAGUGGCCAAAUCUGCCAUUCUCAACACGUAUAAAGGGCUACCACUGCAUGUCGCCUGGCACAACAAAGAGAUUUAACCAAUGCUCUCCUGUUUAUUUCCCUCAGGGCUGGCUGUCUUAGACCAUGUUCUGACCCCAAGAAUGAAAGCCUCUCAUGUUGCCAUAGAGACCAUGAGGGAUCACCUGAAUGCUGUGUAUGAUAUCACCGUUGUGUAUGAGGGAACACUGGGCAAAAGCAGUGAAAGACAACCUGCCCCAACCAUGCCA